UGUAGCGCUGUGCUAACAACCUGCAGCUUAGCUGUCUUCCCGUGAAUGUGCUGAUGUACUCCGCACAAGUACAGGUGAUCUAGAAGGAGCGUGGACUCACAGCUCCUCCGCCUUUCGCCCCCGUCUGCAUCCGGCUCCCUCGCCUGAACGGCAGCCAAGGGAGCACCGGGAGAGAUCGAGACGAUGGGCAGCGUCGGCGGCGGCUCGCUGGAGCAGGGCCAGCCCGUGUGCGUGACGGGCGCCACCGGCUACGUCGGCUCCUGGCUCGUCCGCACCCUGCUGCGGCGGGGACGCCGCGUCCACGCCACGGCGAGGGACCCAGCCAAGGCGCGGCGCAUGCUGUCGGCGGUGGAGGGGAAUGAGCGGCUCAGGGUGUUCCGGGCGGACAUGGCCGAGGAAGGGAGCUUCGACGACGCCCUCGCCGGCUGCGCCGCGCUCUUCCACGUCGCGGCCUCCAUGGACCUCCACCUUUCGCCCGACCAGCACGACGCCGAGGAGCGCGUGAGGUCGCAGGUGCUGGAGCCGGCGACGAGGGGCACCAUCAACGUGCUGCGCUCCUGCGUCCGCGCCGGGACCGUCCGGCGGGUCGUCUUCACCUCCUCCGUCAGCACGCUGGCGGCGGCCGGCGCGGAGGGGUCAGUCGUCGACGAGUCGUGCCUCCGGGACCUCGGCGACGUCUGGGCCACCAAGCCCAUCGGCUGGGUCUACAUCCUGUCGAAGCGGCUGGCGGAGGAGGCCGCGUUCGGGUUCGCGCGGGAGAACGGCCUCCGCCUCGUGUCCGUCGUCCUGCCGACGGUCGCCGGCCCGUUCCUGACGCCGGCCGUGCCCACCAGCGUCCAGCUCCUGCUGUCCCCCAUAACACGUGACCCGAAGCUGUGCGCGCUACUGGCGUCGGUGCACGCGCGGUUCGGGUGCGUGCCGCUGGCGCACGUCCAGGACGCGUGCGACGCGCACCUCUUCCUGGCGGACGCGCCGGCCGCCGAGGGGCGGUACCUGUGCGCCGGCGGCAGCCACACGGCGGCACACAUCGCCCGGCUCCUCGCCUCGCGCUACCCUCCGUUCAACCCCGAAAAGAGGUUGGGUGAUGAUCUCGACGGUGCGAGCCCGGCGUCCGUGGUGUCGUCCAAGCGGCUGCUGGAUCUGGGGUUCAGGUUCGGGCACGACGCCGGGGACAUCCUCAGGGAUGCAGUUGCGCAGUGCGUCGACCACGGCUUCGUGGAGCCGCCUGGUGGAUGUGACGUACAGUACUAGUGUUCGUUCAUGAAACCGUACCGUGGUACACUCCCGCCUGAAUGUAUUUCAAACUUGAAGAGCUUUUACACACCGGCGUCUUCAUUUAACUCAUUUGAUUUUAGCUGGUUAGAGCAGGCGGUCAAAGCAACGACGGCGGUCUUGAUCGUAGCACCAGUGUCGAUGUUAAGGGAGGGAAAGGCUUGCUAGAUGGCAAUUUAAUAUUCGGGUUUGUACAAUAGUAAGUUUUAAAUAUGUACUACUUUAUUAAUAACUGGUUCACUUUUCAAUCUCA